GUAACAACGAGUCAGACCUUGAGCUAGAAAAGCAGUACAAAGAAGAUGACCGAGAAAAGGCUCCAAAAAGACCUCGGGCUCAGAAAACAGAGAAAGUGCAGAAGAUCUCAGGAAAGGAGGCAGGGCAGCUUUCGGGAGCCAAGAAACCCAUCAUCAGUGUGGUCUUAACCGCUCACGAAGCCAUUCCAGGUGUGCAGAAACAGUCCCCUCUGUGCCUCUCCCCAGCCCCUCAGCUGGUGGUGUUCCUGUGGCACUCCUUUCGACAACCGCCAUGCUGCUAUGGGACAUUGCAGGGCUCCCUUCUCUCUCUGCUGCUGGACUUUGUGCUCCGGGAAGACCAGCGCCCUCUUCCAUCAUUGUGUAUGCCUAUCCUGUUCUCCCCACACCACACCCAGGUCUUCCUUGUUGAGUCGUCAUUUUUCCACCUCUGCCCGUUCCCUUGUAGCUUGACUGCGAGGCCUUUGGUAGUUGGUUCAUCGGAAAGUUGUGUUGUCCGUCCCCAGAGGUUAACGGUGUUGUUGUCCGCCCCUAGGUUAGGCCCCACCCAGCUGAAGAUCUUCACCUGUGAAUACUGCAACAAGGUCUUCAAGUUCAAGCACUCGCUGCAGGCCCACCUGAGGAUCCACACCAACGAGAAGCCGUACAAGUGCCCCGAGUGCAGCUACGCCAGCGCCAUCAAGGCCAACCUUAACGUGCACCUGCGGAAGCACACGGGCGAGAAGUUCUCCUGUGACUACUGCUCCUUCACCUGCCUCAGCAAGGGCCACCUCAGGGUGCACGUUGAGAGGGUGCACAAGAAGAUUAAGCAACACUGCCGCUUCUGCAAGAAAAAGUACUCUGACGUCAAGAACCUCAUCAAACACACCCGGGACGCGCAUGACCCCCAGGACAGGAAGGUCAAGGAGGCUUUGGAUGAGCUCCGCCUGAUGACCAGGGAGGGCAAGCGGCAGCUGCUCUACGACUGCCACACCUGUGAGCGCAAGUUCAAGAACGAGCUAGACCGGGACCGCCACAUGCUGGUCCACGGCGACAAGUGGCCCUUCGCUUGCGAGCUCUGUGGCCAUGGGGCCACCAAGUACCAGGCCUUGGAGCUGCACGUCAGGAAGCACCCCUUUGUUUACGUCUGUGCCAUAUGUCUCAAGAAGUUCGUCAGCUCCAUCAGGCUGCGCUCGCACAUCCGAGAGGUGCACGGGGCAGCCCAGGAGACCCUGGCCUCCACCAGCUCCAUAAACCAGAGGUUUUUCCUCCUGGAGCCUGGUGGGGACAUCCAGCAGGAAGCCUUGGGGGACCAGCUGCAGCUGGCAGCUGAGGAAUUUGUGUGUCCGGAAGUGGAUGUGCUCAAGGAGGGUCCCGGGGAAGCUCAGCCUGAGGUGGCUCCGAGGGAGCUGGAGGCCCCGGGAGAAGCAACCACCUCGCCCGUGCCCUUGGCCACCUCCCAGACUGAAAGUGCUUCCCUUUCCCCCUGCAAAGUAGGAACCACUGUCGUCGCGUCUGACCUCAACCCUCUUGGAGUGGUUUCGGAUGACUUUUUACUGAAAAACGGUACCUCCCCAGCCGAGUCCCAUGCUGUAGCCGAGCCAGCCUUGGAUACACAGCAUGGAGGCUCAGCCCAGACUCAGGGUGAAGAAGUCACACUGCUGCUGGCCAAGGACCAAAGUGCCAGACCAGGCCCAGAGAACCAAAGUGGCCAAAGCCCUGCCUGUGGAGGGCAGAAUGCGAUCGCUCUGCCAGCCAGUGAAUCUGACUCUAACAGGUGUCUCAGGUCAAACCCAGAGGAGGCCUCAGACCUCCUUCCCGCAGUGGCUGAAGGAGGGGAACCUGGAGUGUGCCAGGCCGACCCUUCGAAACCCCCAUCCGAGCACCACCCUGGCAGCACAGCGUUCAUGAAGGUCCUAGACAGUCUCCAGAAGAAGCAGAUGAACACCAGUCUGUGCGAGAGGAUCCGGAAGGUUUAUGGAGACCUGGAGUGUGAAUACUGUGGCAAACUUUUUUGGUACCAAGUGCAUUUUGACAUGCAUGUCCGCACCCACACCCGGGAACACCUGUAUUAUUGCUCCCAGUGUCACUAUUCUUCCAUCACCAAAAACUGCCUUAAACGCCAUGUAAUUCAGAAACACAGUAACAUCUUGCUGAAGUGUCCCACUGACGGCUGUGACUACUCGACUCCAGAUAAAUAUAAGCUACAGGCCCAUCUUAAAGUUCACACAGAGCUGGACAAAAGGAGUUAUUCUUGUCCUGUGUGUGAAAAAUCUUUUUCUGAAGACCGAUUGAUAAAGUCACAUAUCAAGACCAAUCAUCCUGAGGUCUCCAUGAACACCAUUUCUGAGGUUCUUGGGAGAAGGGUCCAGCUCAAAGGGCUAAUUGGAAAGCGAGCCAUGAAGUGUCCAUAUUGCGAUUUCUAUUUCAUGAAGAACGGCUCAGACCUUCAGAGGCACAUCUGGGCCCAUGAGGGUGAGUCGUCUUUCCAUCUAGAGCAUCUAUUUAAUUUUGUGCUGUGUGCUUUCAUCUUGGGACUAUGAAGGAGGAAGGUUAUC